AUGGCCUGCCCAGCCGCAUUUGCAACAGCACAUCUGGCUCGGAGGAAGGGUGUGUCUCUGCCGCUUGGCCUUCAGAGCCGCUUGUGGAAAAACAUCGUUUCUUUUGUUAGGCUAAUCCACAGCAUUGCGUGUACCUUGAAUCUGCCCGUCAGGGUGAUCCUUAACUCUCUGAAUUGUGCACAAUUGGGUAUACAGGCGCCUACUCGACUAGAAAUGUUGUUCCGAAACGCCCUCAGGACGGAAUCCAAAAAUUCGUCUCACAAAAUUCUCCGACGUCUCCAAAUAUGCCUGACCAGGUGUGGGUGGCGCGGGAAAAGCGUAUUUAAACGCCAAAAUAAGUUAUUGAGGCACCCCAACUGCGAGAUAUUCCAUUGCACCUUCAAAUGUGCAAAUUUUCCCUUCCGGUUUAACCCCUGA